AUGUGUUACGCGGAUGACACUCUGUUGGUGGCACGUGCUGAUACCUUUGGGGAGGCACGCUUGAGAGCGGAGGUAGGGGUCACCUUUCUGAUCCGCGCUAUUGAACGUCUUGGGCUGAGGGUCUCGGUUGCCAAGCCCGAGGCCGUGGCUUUUUCAGUUGAGGGGACGCCGGCUGGUGCGGUUACUGGGAUCGGGGGGGCGGUGGUUCCGAUUGGUUCCGCCGUGAAAUACCUGGGUCUAACCCUGGAUUCGCGGUGGAACUUUCGGGAUCACUUCCGCCUCCUUCUUCCCAAGGCCUGGGGCAUGGCCAUGGCUCUGGCGCGACUUACCGCCAAUAUCGGCGGUCCUGCUGAGAGACGGCGUCGGUUGUAUGCGACAACGGUGAUGUCGGUAGUGCUAUACGGUGCCCCGAUUUGGGCGCAAACGGUGGCCAGCGAUCGCGGGAUCCUGAGGGAUGUGCGAAGGCUGCAGCGGCAGCUUGCGCUCAGGAUCAUUAGGGGAUAUCGUACCGUUUCCCACGAGGCUGCGUCUGUCCUCUCGGGAAUGGUGCCAUUCGAUAUAGUCGCAAACAGGCUGAGGAGGUCAUACCUUCGUCGGCGAGAUGUUAUCCGUCGAAGCGGGACUAUCGAGCCUCGGAUGACCUUGAUGUUGACCGAGGUGGAGCGACGUCGCUCUAUUUUAAGAUGGCGGGAGCGUAUGAUCGAGCUGCCUCCGGAUCGACCCGGGGCGAUCGUUAGGGGCGCCUUUGUGGAGGACCUGGAGAACUGGGUGGGGAGGGCGCACGGUGACCUCACUUACCGCAUUACUCAGGUCUUGACGGGACACGGGGUCAUCGAGUCCUAUCUCUAUAGGAUUGGAUGGCGGGAGUCCCCGAUUUGCCUGUUUUGCAGAGCGGCGGUGGAUACAGCGGCGCACACUCUCCUGUUCUGUCCAGCCUGGGUGGAGCAGAGGAGGGGGUUGCUGGAACACGUGGGGGUAUGCAGGACUCUCCGGGCGGUGGUGAGGGCCAUCGUGCGAUCCUCCGAUGCGUGGUCGAUCUUCGCGGAGUUCUGCGAAGUAGUGAUGCGGCGGAAGGAGGAGGACGAGCGGGCUCGUGAACGGGGACUCGGUCCUCCGGGGGGUCCGCUCGUCCCUCUUCCCAACGUGCACAGUUCCGACGAGGAAUAG